GCUGUGCCUACAGACAGGCGGCGGAGGACUCAGGCAAACAUGUCAGACGUCGGUUGCGAGUUUGAAAUCGACGUGGAGAGCCUGGAGACAGAGAGCGACGACCCGGCGGACUCCUCCAGCAGACCCGGCUCGGUGCCGCUUUGCGCCGCCGCCACAGAGGACGACGAGAAGCCGGGCCCCAGCGGCCUGUGUGCGGGGGACCAGAGGAAGCUGAGCCGGACACCAAAGUGUGCCCGCUGUCGAAAUCAUGGCGUUGUGUCCUGUCUGAAGGGGCACAAGCGUUUCUGCCGCUGGAGGGACUGCCAGUGCGCCAACUGCCUGCUGGUGGUGGAGAGGCAGCGUGUUAUGGCGGCGCAGGUUGCCCUGAGGAGGCAGCAAGCCACGGAGGAUAAGAAAGGUCUAUCGGGGAAACAUAUUCCAUCAGAGAGGAGGACAAUAUAUCAGCGACACAUUCGACCGUCCACCAUGCUUGCAAAAAGCAUCCUUGAAGGAUACCGUCCAGUGCAGUCGGAUCCUUUUCUGGCGGCCAACCCGUCCCUCCCCCCACCACUGAGCGAUCGCAUGAGGAAGAGGAGGGCCUUUGCCGACAAGGAGCUGGAAACCAUCAUGUUGGAGCGGGAGUACAAAGAGCGAGAGCUGCUGGAGAACAGCCAGACGGCCACAGCUUCGCUUCUCUUCCCUAAUAACAUGGUCCACCACGCUGCUGAGUACAACUCGUAUAAAACAGCAUACUCGCCUUCUGCUCAGGCUGAGCCGCAACCCAAGGACUUGUGCAACUUCCUGGGUCCAAACUGCCUGGAUCUGUCCAUGCAGUACCCUGCUGGCUCUGCCAAUGUUGAGCUCAUUGCCUCCAACGUCAGCGUGGCCACCACCUACCGCCACUACCCUCUGCAACAAUCGCGAGGUGGCUUCAUGAUGUGGCCCCGUAGUGCAGCUAACCUGGGUGACGCCCUCCUCUACCAGCAGUGUCUGUUCAACGCCACGGCUGUGCAGAACAUGAAGCCGAGCGCUGUGUGGGAGCCAAAAGUGAUGCCUACAGAGAGUCAGCCGCCAGAGCAAGAGGCAGCGGCUGCUCUCGCUGCUAAACUAGAGGGAUCCCGGGUAGCUGCCCUGCAGGACUCCUCAGACUCUCAAAGAGCUGAUCCCAAACCUCCUGUUGUCACUCAGGCAGGGCAGAGGGAGUGUUCGGCCUUCUCUCCCCCUAAGAGAAGCUUUGGACAAUCCUUCCCCAACAACUCUCAUUCCCACAACUCCAGCCAAGUUCUGAACAAACUGAGCAAGGACAGCGCUAAGCUCUCCAUGAAACUCAACUCCUUUCACUCCCUCAUUCAGCACUCGCUGAGUGAAAAAAACAGCGGCGGUGCAGGGCCAGAGCUCAAGGCGCCGUACUGCAAGGAGCUCUUAGAGGAGGCCGCACGAAAGUUCAGGGAGGGCUCCACCAAAGACAUUCAGGCAGUCAAAAUGAGCGACAGGUACGCUAAAGACUUUUUAACCAAACCUGUGGGGACCAAGAUGGUGUCCAGUGAGUCAUUGUCUUUCUCUGUGGAGGCCAUACUGAAGAGACCGGCACCUGCAAUGAGUCGAGCAUUCCAUUAACUUUCAUAAAGACGUUGAUUUGAAGAUUUGCUCAGUUGGCGGGCAAAUCUCAAACCCACAUGCAUAUCAUCAGAAAUUAGACCAGCUAGAAACCUGUUUGUAAUAUUUAUGUACAGUGUAUUAUAUUUCACAUGUGCAUGUUUGAUAACUUUAUUAUGUAGAGUAUUUAAACAUUAUCCCAAUGUUUUCCUCAUGUCAAUAAACUUUGAAAGACUGAA